CAUUCGAACUUCCCUGUAAAUAACUGAUUCCUUUUUCUCUCAUCCAUAUCUGAAAAACUAAUUAACCCAUUAAACAUCCUCCCAAGUCCCAACUUCUUGUUCUUGAACCAAAUCUAUCAUAUAAUAAAAAAAUAUUAAAACAAAAAAAGAAAUGCAUUCAAUUAAAGUGGAAGAUGCAUCAGGCCGGAAUAAUAAUGCAGGCGAUGGAGCAGAGGCGUCGUCAUCGCCAUCGGAAAAUGCAGGAGUACAUAAGGUGUGUUUGCCACCUCAUCGUACGACAUUUCAGAAACUAGGACAUAGGUUGUCUGAGAUAUUUUUCCCAGAUGAUCCACUUCACAGGUUCAAGAAUCAAACGGGGUUGAGGAAGUUUGUUUUGGGUCUUCAGUUUUUCUUCCCUAUUUUCGAAUGGGGACCUAAGUACAAUCUUACGUUAUUAAGAUCCGAUAUUAUUGCUGGCAUUACAAUUGCUAGUCUCUCUAUCCCUCAAGGAAUCAGUUAUGCUAAACUCGCAAAUUUGCCUCCCAUUCUUGGGUUAUAUUCAAGCUUUGUCCCCCCACUAAUAUAUUCGAUUUUGGGAAGUUCAAGACACUUAGCAGUAGGUCCAGUAUCCAUAUGCUCACUUGUGAUGGGAACAAUGAUCGGACAAGCAAUUUCAUACGCCAAAGAACCAACUGUAUAUCUACAAGUUGCUUUCACAGCUACCCUUUUUUCAGGAUUGUUACAAGCUGCCAUGGGUUUCUUCAGGUUAGGAUUCAUCAUUGAUUUUCUCUCGAAGGCGACUCUACUAGGGUUCAUGGCUGGUGCAGCAGUCAUUGUCUCUUUGCAACAACUGAAAGGACUGCUAGGGAUAGUCCAUUUCACAAACAAGAUGCAAAUAAUUCCAGUUUUGAUCUCGGUUUUCGAACACAAAAAUGAGUGGACUUGGCAAACUAUUGUUAUGGGUGCUUGUUUCCUCAUCUUCCUGCUGACUGCAAGGCAAAUUAGUGCAAGGAACCCAAAACUUUUCUGGAUUUCAGCAGCAGCUCCAUUAGUAUCAGUUAUUAUCUCAACUAUCAUAAGUUACCUAAUUAGAAAUGAGACUCACACAAUCCAAACUAUUGGACAUCUGCCGAAGGGUGUAAAUCCACCUUCAGUGAACAAGUUACAUUUUGGUGGCCCUCAUCUGGCUCUUGGUCUCAAGGUUGGCAUUAUAACUGGGGUUUUAGCGCUAACAGAAGGGAUUGCAAUUGGAAGGACAUUUGCUGCUAUGGAGAAUUACCAAGUUGAUGGUAACAAGGAAAUGAUUGCUCUUGGACUCAUGAACAUUGUUGGCUCUUGUGCUUCCUGCUUUGUAACCACGGGGUCAUUUUCUCGGUCUGCUGUAAGUUACAAUGCCGGAGGAAAGACUGUUGUUUCAAAUAUAGUAAUGGCAAUAACUGUGCUUAUCACCCUGUUGUUUCUCAUGCCGUUGUUCCAUUACACCCCCAACCUCAUCUUGGCAGCAAUUAUUAUAACAGCAGUGGUUGGCUUAAUUGAUUAUCAAGGCGCAUUCCGUUUAUGGAAAGUUGACAAACUAGAUUGUGUGGCGUGCUUAUCUUCCUUUUUUGGUGUUCUUUUUAUCUCAGUGCCCAUUGGCCUAGCAAUCGCGGUUGGUGUUUCGGUUUUCAAAAUCCUAUUAAAUGUUACAAGGCCAAAUACUCAUGUGUUGGGCUACAUUGCGAGUACUCGAUCAUUUCAAAGCCUAAGCAGAUACGACACUGCUGUUAGGAUUCCUUCUUUCCUUAUCAUAGCUGUUGAGGCUCCUUUUUACUUUGCAAAUUCUACCUACCUACAAGAAAGGACGUUGAGAUGGAUUCGAGAAGAGGAAGACAGGAUCAAAGCCAAUCAACAACCUGCAAUCAAAUGCGUAGUUAUUGACAUGACAGCUGUGACAGCGAUAGACACUAGUGGCAUUGAUACAAUAUGUGAACUCAGAAGGUUACUUGAGAAAAGAUCACUUAAGCUUGUGCUGGCAAAUCCAGUUGGAAACGUUAUGGAAAAGCUGUUUAAAUCGAAUUCUCUUGAGGCCUUCGGAUUAGAUGGAUUAUAUCUAACAGUUUCUGAAGCUGUGGACGAUAUUUCAUCUUCUUGGAAGCCUGAAAAGCCCUCGGAGGAACCAUGAGAUUUGUACUAUAUAUCCUGUCGAAAACAAGGAUUCAUAAUUUUUGCUCUAAGCUCUUCUAAGAAGAGAAUUUUGAUGUAGAUUUUUAACUUUAACUAGAACUAGAACUAGAACUAGAAUGAUAGAAUAGAAUGCAUAUGUACGAGGGUAAGUUGAACUAUCCUUGUUUGUACAUAAUAAUUUAGGAAGCCACUUUCUUUUUUCUGUUUUAAGAAUAACAAAGAAACAAAUUUUCUUUA